UUUAUCAUUCUUACAUCUUCUUCAUCCACACAACAACACAAUCAUAUUCUCUCAAGAUUUGUUCCACCUAUAGUACAAUGGGAAAUGCAGCUGUGACUCCAUGCUUUCACCAGAAAAGUUCAUCAGAACCAUUGUUGUCAUCGAAACUUAUAUUCUGGGAUGGUAGCACGAGAUGUCUGAAGGGUAAGCACGUGGCUGGUGAGAUCAUGUUUGAGUUCCCAGAUAAGGUUGUUUGCCAUGCAGAUUCCUUCUUUAUAGGACACCCAAUUCCUGCUUUAGCAGUAGAGGAUGAGUUGAUGGUAGGUGAAGCCUAUUUCGUUCUUCCCAUUCAGUUCUUCACAUGCAAAACCCUUUCUGUCUCUUCACUCUUGUCCUUGGGAUCAUCCCCUAACAAGGCCACUAUCAAAUUUGGGGAAUGCGCUUUUGAGUACUUGAAAGGGUCCAACGGAAGGGUACUCAUAAAGGUCAUGCCUCAGUUCAUCACAAUGCUCAUCAAUAGAGGUAAAAGAUGCAACCCCACCACCACUCACAACAGCUUUCUCUGCAGCACUCCUGAGUUGAAAAAACACUACCAAAUGCUUGUCAAGUCUAAGGAUCAGGUUUGGUCACCUAAGCUUGAAACCAUUUCGGAGCACAAGGUUCGGUUUUCACCAUGUAGAUUUAUAGGUUUAGAAUGGAAGGAAAAGGAAAAGACAGAGGUUGUGUCUUCUUGAUAGUUUUCAUGUAUUUUCAGUAGAUGUUUCAAAUUUGUACACUCAUACAUUACAAAUAGAUACUUCAACUAAUUACGGCACCAGUUUUGUUCAUAGUUUUGUGGAAGGGAUAUGCUGAGGAAAGUUGUUUGGAAAGUAGUCAAAAUUGAUGUACUGAAAUAAAGCUUUUAAUGACUAGUUCAUGCCCCCUCACCCGGUUUUGGUGUCAGAAACAUGGUCUAAAUUAUGGU